AUUUUGUUUCCGCCGUUAUAUUCAUAGAAAUGGAGAGAGAGACAAGGGGCGACGUUUUUUUGACGCAACAAACCAGGUUCCAUCUUAUUUGAUGCGCAUUGUCACUUGAGAUGUUGUUGUUUCCAGUAGCAGUUAUAUGUGUAGCUGGGUUGUUCGAGUAUUGUUCUAUUCAUAAGUGAGCAAGAGAAUGUGUUGAUCAGAGGAUAGAUAAUUCUACAAAUGGCAAAAUGUGUGUCUGUACCAUCACGAAUCAGCCUGUAUAUGCGAGAAGAUCGUGUCAAAGAGCAGUGUGUUGGACCAAAAUAUUCUCAUAGUCACAUACAGAGUAACAGGAAGCAUUCUGGGAGCUGUAAAACUACACUCUUGUCCUGGAAGGUCCACAAACUCAGUGCUUCCCAUGUUGCUAAUCUGAAAGUAAAGUUUUGUCUUAAGGAGACUUCUGUGAAGUGCUAUUGCUUUGGGACUGUGGUAAAUUCUGAUGCUGCAACUAUUUCUGACUGGGUUCCUGUUGUUGAUCAAGUGCUUCUAAUGGCCAGUGUGUUCCUUACAUAUAUGGCUGGAGUAAUACCCGCUGAGAAGUCUCUUUUAGAUUCUCGAAAGAACAUCUUGAAUAACAAUGCGGUCCCUGAAGGAUCUACCUUUUCUGGUAGUGCCAUGAAGAAUGAUGAGGAGUUUGACUUAAAGUUUCCUUGGGAUAUCGUGAAAGAGAAACUCAUGGAUUCUCUAAAUGCCAUUGAACAUGUGGUUAAUCUAGAAAACAGAAUUCUUGAAUUUGAAUCAGAUCGUGUAAAGCGACCUUUGAGUUUGUAUGCUCUAGCAGAGGGUCCCAUGUUACGGUUGCUAUUGGCUUCUUUCAUGCAGCUGAGGAAAGAGGUGGACAAUAUCUCAGAAAGGCCCGCUAAUGUACGCAUGGAUGAAUGGCUGACAGUUUCCUCUGAAAUCAUUCAGAUGUCCUGUCAGCCUGUAUGCAUGGCUUGGCUGGAAAAGGAGAUUUGCUUGAAGAACAGCAAAUCUGACAAGGCAUUUAUUUCUAUAAUGGUUGAGAAGUUGGAUGGAGAUGAUAUUAUUUUUCAGAACAUAAGAAAGUCAGGGAAGGAAGAUCUUUAUGCUGAAUUGUUAUACUUUCUUAGAUUUGGUUCUCCCAGAGAGGGUUGCUGGUAUGAUUAUAGCUUGUUUACCCUGCAUGGGGUUGCCAUAUUAGAAGAUUUGGUGAUUACAGUAGCAGAUGGGAUUGCAAGCAUGUAUUUAGAGCUUAUUUCUGUUGAUGGUAACAUGUCAAAUGAAAUAAUUAGCCUCGGUUCGUUUUUGUGUACUUUGUCAACCCGAGCACUUCAGAGAUUACGCAAUGAGGUGGCACUGAAUCAGUGGUUGCAUCAGAACAUGGAGGCAGUUGUGUCAAUGUAUGAAGAUCGCUUUGACCUGUGCAUACUUCAGAGCCAGCUAAUUGAGGAACCAAGCAAGAGCCAGACUGAAAAAAUUAGUUGGUGGAAAAAGCUUACCCGGAGUAAUUCUAAAUCCACGUUAUUGCCAUUAUGUUAUGCUUCGAUCAACUAUGUCUCCAUACCUGUUAAGCGGACCAGGGAAUUAAGGGCCUUGACUGGCUGGAGGUACUACUUCAGUCUCAUCAUUGAGUUAGCUGAUAUUACAAUGCCAUUGAUUAGAACAGUUAUUGCUAAAGUCAGGGAUGCCAUCUCAUUCUUUCUAGUUUGCUUGAUUGGGCGGUCUUUAGGACUCAUCUACACUGGGAUAAGGCAGUCUCUGCGGUGGAAGUGAGAUUUACUAAGUACUCCUGUUCUUUGCAAAUCUCUCAUUCCAUAUUCUCUCUUUAUUUGUCAGCUAUCCAGAUUGACAGCAUGGCAUGUGAAACAGGCUAUUUUUUUUACAGGCUCAUUAAAAUCUUAUUUUUGUGCCUAGGCCCUUGAUCAUAAUCCAUUUUUGAAUUCAAACAUGUCCAUAAUUCACGUGCAUUGUCUAUAUCCCUGUACUUUUGUUAAUUGAAUGCUGGUCAAUUCUCCUUUUGGUGGAC